AAUUAUUUUCCCCAAAUCAAAUAGAUUCGAAGCUUCGGUACACAGAGAGACAAGUCCUGCAAUGAAGAGUAAAACACCAUCGCCUGGAGGUGCUAGUCCAGGAAAGAGGAUAAGACUUGAUCAACCCUCUGAAAGUGAUGAGCUGUACCAGGUCCUCAACAUCAAGGAAGAAGAACAUGAGGAUUGGGCAGAAGACGCUGGAACCAAUGAACAGCCAACAGACCUGGAAAGUCCCACUUCGGAUCAGUACCUAGACGAUGACAUCAAUCAAGAUGACUAUCUCCAAAUGGUUGCAGAAUCAGUGUACGUUGGCUCGCAUAUGGGGUCUAUGCCAAACAACAAAAGAAAACAAGCUCUACAACGGAGUAGAUAUUCAACCCUAACAAAACAGAUGGAUUUACAAGUGUCAGAUGUAGAUUCUAAUCAAGAACUACUUCAGGUUCAACAGAAGAGAAUGAAACAAGCAACAAUACACAAUCUUUCAUUUGAUGUCGAGCAUAUUCUGCGAACAAACGCACUAGGUGGUGCAGCCCUAGUAGAUAAAAUGAAGAGGCAGCGAACCAUUGACCGGUCUGGGAAUCGAUUGUUUGUUCAAACCCUCGUCAGCAAUCUCAUUGCAAAUUAUGGAUAUAACCCAUCCCCUGAUAUCAAGGCAGCAUUGGCUCAGAGUAUCAUCGACCAGUUUGAAUUUCUUGGUGAUAAGAACGGGGUCACAGGAUAUGAGCAAUGGUUUGUGAGAGGAAAGAGGAAUCUUCCUGCCACUGGGAGUUUGGAGGCAAGACUGAGGUACAUCCGUAGAGUGCACUUUCCAAGGGAGACCAAGAGGAAGCCAGCAGAUCAUCAGAGGGAGUAUUCUGUAUCUUCUAAAGCUAAGAAGACUCGAGUAGAUCCCACCAUUCUUCCUGAGGUGCACGAAGAUGAAGUGAAGGAAGCUACGAUGUGGAUGAAGCAAAAUAGAGAACCCAAAGCCAAGGUAGAAGAAUACAUGAGAACGACUUGCAAACAUCGGUAUGACUGGAUUAGAGCAGAAAACCCUCCGACAAUCGCAGAAGUUCUAGAUCGGUAUCCACGCCUUCUAGAUCCUGGAAUUAUUGAUGCUGACUAUCGGCAAGCAAUAUCGGAGAAGACUGCCGACAACCUGUAUGCCAAUUGGCCGAGGAUUGCGCCAAGGAUUUUACAAUAUGCAGAUUUACAGGAGGUUAAGUGGAGGAAGGAAUUGGGAAUGGAAAAUUCUAACAGCAGUGAGCUUUGUGAAGAAGAGCAACAAAUGCUAGCUUUCAGUAUACUGCCUUUUCUGUUUAUGGGAAGAUGCAAAGAUAAGAGUGGAAGGUGCUCGGCUGUGAACUCACUCAAGGCAUUUAUUGAUCAUAUAUCUGAGAGCACAGACAUGCCACAGUACUUGACUGAAACCGGGGUAACGGAAAGACCUCCUGUUUGUAUUCUCACACACGGAGGAACCCGUUGGAAACCUCAACAAACGUUCGUAAUCCUAGAGCAUCGCCCUGUACCGUGCUCGUCUCUCAUCCAAGCAGUGGACGUUUGCUUCAAAGCUAUUUACAUUCUAGACAUUGAAUACCACCCUCAUACUUGUUCUGUGAUGGAAUUCCUCCAGCACAUAAUCUACGGCAUUCCACCAGGUAGCCUCGUAAGAAGGGCACUGAUUAGCUUCCGAACUUGGUUCAAUAACUGAAGCAACGCUUAAACAUUGAAGUGCAAGGUCCCUUUGAUUGGUCUCUAUCAUGGGAACUUUAAUCUAAACCUUUUUUUUUAUGGUACUUCGGCUGCGUUUAUGCGACCUCAAGCCAGAAUCAUGAUUUGAAUCAUUUAAAACACAAACAUGAAUCACAAUUAAUACCAUGGAAUCAGCGUUUAGACAACCUUCAUUCCAAUGCUGUUUCUCCUCGGAUUCGGGCCGAUCCAUUGUGCAUCACAGUGCGCAGUUUGACAGAGCUUCGCCAACUUUUUCGCACGUUUCGGUUCACGAAAAAUUGAUCUUUUGCUUCCAGAAUUCAGUCUAUUAUACCUCAUUUUGUUUACUUCGAUUAAUCUUGUCGGUUUAUCGAAAAUGGUGUUCGGAAGUGAUUUUCAGCGUAAAUCGAAAUUAAUAAUUUUGACACUGUUAACUCGGUAAACAACAACUGAGAUCAUUGUCCUGUAAGUUCAUUUACUAGAACUUGAAGACGUAAAAAAAAUGAAAAGCAGUGGACGAUGCGAUGACCAACACAGAACUUGGAGUUAAAUUCAUGUGAAAAGAAAUGCAUGCAUAGCACAUUAUGUACAUACACUGAGCAUAGCGUGCACCUAAUUGAGCUUGGCAAGAGUGAAACCGAAAGAAGCCUGACACGGUGAUGUCGUAGAAUCAUGAUUCAAAUUACGAUUGAAUCACAUUUGUGUUUAUACGACCUUUUUCGUUUGUGAUAUUACAGAAACAUCUUUCCAAACGCCCCUUUUUU